AUGGCUUUGGCGAUCCCAGAUGCUUUCAAUAACACAAUACACAAGCUGUGCCGCUGGCACAUUAUGAAGAAGUACAGGGAACACCUCGCAUACCUGUACAACCUGCACGAAGACUUUAAGGAUGAAUUCACAUCAAUCCUCAACUGGCCCCUCAUGCCAACUGAGUUUGAGGCUGCCUGGAAAAGACUCAUGGAUAAGUACAACCUCCAUGAUGAUGCCAGGAUGGUGGGCAUGUGGAACGAGCGUGAGAGAUGGAUAUCAGCCUACUUCAAAGAAAUUUUCUGCGCCAAAAUGACAUCCACACAACGAAGUGAGAGCAUGAACUAUGUGCUCAAGAAGAACUUCGUAAGUGAGAGACAAAACCCACACCGGUUUGUCAGCCAGACAAUUAAGUCUGCCAGCGUUCCAGAGAAAUACAUCCUCAGGAGAUACACCAAACGCCCGAACAUCCAGCUAACAUUCAACAGAAAUGACUUGAGGACAGUAGCAUCAAACAAGCCAUCCCAAUACUGCAUUGAAAGCUCACUGCUGACGCUGAACAUGAGGGUGCAUAGAAAAAGCUUGAGAAGCCAAGAGCAAAUGGCGAGGUCACGGGUCGUCAUGGACAAAACUUGA